CUGGAGCGAGCGGUUUUGGUGCAGCUCGCCUCAGAAAAAAAAGAGAUCGGGAGCUCGCCCGCCGGCGGCUCCCUCGUAAUUUCCCUCCUUACCGGCCCGCUGCCAGUCGUCUUUUCUCCCCUUUCCGCUUCCUUGCCGCAUUCCUGUCUCCGCUUUUUCGUAACCUCCCCGCUCCAGCUCCGGGUUUGGGAGCCGCCCCCUCCGUUUCUCAGCUGGACUUCAGUUUAUCUUUGCAGCUAUUGGAAAGUGAUUGUUUUGAAGUAAUGCCCACAGAAAGUGGAAGCUGUGCCACUGCUCGCCAAGCAAAGCAGAAAAGAAAAUCUCACAGUCUUUCUAUACGAAGAACCAACAGCUCUGAACAAGAGCGGUCAGGAUUGCAGAGGGAGAUGCUGGAAGGACAGGAUUCAAAGCUGCCAUCAUCUGUUAGAAAUACACUUCUGGAGCUUUUUGGUCAAAUAGAAAGAGAAUUUGAGAAUCUCUACAUUGAGAAUCUUGAAUUACGCAGAGAGAUUGAUACACUUAAUGAACGCUUAGCAGCUGAAGGCCAAGCCAUUGAUGGAGCAGAAUUGAGCAAGGGGCAGCUGAAAACAAAAGCCAGCCAUAGUACCAGUCAGCUCUCUCAGAAAUUAAAGACUACUUACAAAGCAUCAACUAGCAAGCGCUCAAAUUCUUUCCCAGGCAGAUCAGGUGGACCUCGCAAAUUCCACGUGGGAAGCUGGGAAAUAUGGGGUGGCGACUCCUGGAUAGUCUCCAGUUUCAAAACAACAACAUCCAGAGCAAUAUGCCAGCUAGUGAAAGAGUAUAUUGGUCAUCGGGAUGGCAUUUGGGAUGUCAGUGUCACAAAAACUCAACCUGUGGUGCUUGGGACAGCAUCAGCCGAUCACACUGCUUUGCUGUGGAGCAUAGAGACAGGAAAGUGUCUUGUCAAAUAUGUUGGGCAUGCUGGAUCAGUAAAUUCCAUAAAGUUCCAUCCAACUGAACAGGUGUCUCUUACAGCUUCAGGAGACCAGACAGCUCAUAUUUGGAGAUAUAUGGUACAGUUGCCCACCCCUCAACCUACCGCAGACUGCAAUCAAAUGUCUGGCGAAGAUGAAGUUGAAUUUUCUGAUAAGGAUGAACCUGAUGGAGAUGGAGAUGGCUCUAGUGAUUGUCCCACCAUCCGAGUUCCUCUGACCUCCCUAAAAAGCCAUCAGGGUGUAGUCAUAGCAGCUGAUUGGCUGGUUGGAGGGAAGCAAGCAGUGACGGCUUCGUGGGACAGGACAGCCAACCUGUAUGAUGUGGAGACAUCUGAGCUUGUGCACUCUCUAACAGGACAUGACCAAGAACUUACACACUGUUGCACCCAUCCCACCCAGCGCCUUGUGGUAACUUCAUCACGUGACACAACCUUCCGUCUAUGGGAUUUCAGAGACCCAUCUAUCCAUUCUGUGAACGUCUUUCAGGGCCAUACAGACACUGUGACUUCAGCUGUUUUCACUGUGGGGGACAAUGUGGUUUCAGGUAGUGACGAUCGUACUGUGAAAGUUUGGGACUUGAAAAAUAUGAGAUCACCCAUUGCCACUAUUCGCACAGACUCUGCAGUAAACAGGAUUAAUGUUUGUGUCGGCCAAAAAAUCAUUGCCCUUCCACAUGACAACCGACAGGUUAGAUUAUUUGACAUGUCUGGAGUGCGAUUAGCACGUCUUCCUCGCAGCAACAGACAGGGUCAUAGAAGAAUGGUUUGCUGUUCAGCAUGGAGUGAAGAUCAUCCAAUAUGCAAUCUGUUCACUUGCGGAUUUGAUCGCCAGGCUAUUGGGUGGAACAUCAACAUCCCUGCUUUGCUUCAGGAAAAAUGAGAAGCUUUCCUUCCCCCCCCGCCCAGUUUUAUUGCCAUAGACUUUGUGCAGACUUUCCCGUAAGCUGCAGUCAGUGUAAAAGGUGCACCUUGAAGGGGGGUGUGUGUGGAAUUGCAAAUAUUGUUACUGCAUUGUGCACAGUUGCAUGAAAUGUACAGAAAAAAAUGUGACUUUUUCAAAGAAGUUAGGUUCUUGUGUAUGAACUUUUUUAUCUUGACAUCCACUGGUGUCUAGAAGGAUGCUUAGCUUCCCUAUGGAACAUAUAUGUUCGCAAGUUACUCAGCCUAGUUGAACAUUAGGGCAUUAAGUUCAGCUUAAAUAUGAAUUCUAUGUACUUAUUGUGAAAAAUAUGUAGUCAGCCUUUCCUCCAUCACAUUACACAUUUGCCCUGUGGUUAAAAGAGAAUAUAAGGCUAAUCUUUAAGAUGAAGGACGGAGGGGUUUACUGCAAUGUGUAGCUGAGCUUUUCUUGCGACUAUAUACAGUCUGACCUGAAGACUCAAAUAUAGUAUUAAUUCCAACUCCCAAUAUACUUAGUUACUGAAUUAAAAAUAAGGGUUAGGGAAGGAAACGAUAAAUAACUUUAUGUAUCAGAUAUAAAAUGUUGGAUUGCCAUAUUGGGAAUACUCCUAUACAUUUCAAGACCUAUUUAAAUUAUUACCCUCCUGGACUGAGGAAACAAUCUGUGUUUCAGAUUCUCACAUAAGGCAAACAACAAUAUUUUACAAUCAUGGAAAUCUGAACAAGUUCUUAAAGCACUUUAGUUUAUAGCAACUGUUAUAAACCCCAAGUGUCCAACGACAUUUCCUAGAGAAUGUGAGACCUGUAUCUAAGAAGGAUUUACAUAACUAGAUUUUUGUGAAUAUUUUAAAGCCGGUGAAUAAAUCUUGUUAUUUUGCUUGUUUUUAUUAAAAUACACCUGUGUUUUAAUAUAAAUUAACAUGGGAGUUUUCCCGUCAUAAUUCUGUUUGAGCCAAUGAUGACACAAAGGCCACGUUCCAAACAGCCAUAUCAUUCUGCAGUAAAAGCAGCAUUGUUUCUCUCCCUUCCCUCUCUCAUUUAAUGACCAUUCUUGAAAACAACAGAUUUUUCAAAAUCUUUCUAUGGGAUGGUUGGUUGUUGUGGCUGGCGCGGUUGGAGACAAGCUUGCUGUUCAGAAAAGGAAAGCAAAAUAACCUUACUGGGUGCAUACAGUCCCUUGGUCUGCCUAAUACAGUAUUCUGAAUUAUGGCCAUUGUAACUGAGAGCACUACCUCAACAAUGAAUGUGGGGCUGCUUUUGACUCUUGCUGUUCAACUUGGAUAAGAUAGAUUGUACCUCAUUCUGACAUGCUGUCUUAAGGAGUAGAAGACAGCUUACCAAAUUUUAAGCUAAAAUUGUAGCAAGUUUAAUAAAACUUUACCAUGCUGAAAAAAUAACUUUAAAAAAAAUACAGUCUCUGUAUUGUUCUACACAAUUCUGUAUGCUUUCCUUAAAUUUUACUCCAGCACAUCCUACGUGGGUUUUAGCCUACUUAUAUUGUGCUGUCAGGUUGGCGUGCUUAAUUCAUAUUUGCAAGCACAUUUGAUAGCUACCAGUUGGAAGGAAGGACUGGAAGUUGUAUUGAAAAUUCCUUCACAGAUGAAGGCAGAAAACAGCUCUCUUUACUGUCUAUCAAUAUCUCCAGAGUGGCACACCGAUUGUUUAACAAAGAGUUUAAAAUUAAUUUCCAUAAACCAGAGAUGUAGAAAGUGUAGCUUGGGGGCCUCGUAUGGCCUGCUAAUAUCUCCUUUGUGGGCAACAGGGCACUUUUUUGAGUAAAUGGGGUCAAAAAAGUGUGCCUGUUUGUUGGUGUUUUGAGAUAUCUUAAGAGGCAGAAAUGGUGUCUUAUUCCUUGCAGAUGCUGAAAACCUUUAUUCCAUCUCUUUAAACUCUGUGACCACCUCCCACAUAAGGACCAGGCCCCACCCACUUAUCAAGGGCUGACUUAGGCAUGCCACAUUAGCCUUGGUGUGGCCUUCAGGUGCAAGUCCUGCAGUAGGGCAUCCUGAGUUAAUACUGCUUUGACUACCCCAUUUUUCUUUGGCCAAUGUUCUCUUCCAAUAGUUCUGCAAAGUAAGAAUUUCAGAGGCAGACCUACAUAGAGAACAGAAUAAAUAGGAUGGGAGCCAGGAGCACCAUUUAUGAGGGAACUGAAAUCCUAGAAGCAAGUGGAGAUAUAAAAUGAUAGGAUGACGAUGCAUUGGUUAUGGAUAUCUUAGAAGAGAGUUUAGAUAAGAUGUAUAUAGAAUCUUACAUGGCUGGUGAGCUAAUAAUUGAGGCUUCUGAUGAUUAUCAAAUGUACACUGUUAAGCAAAUAAUGACUUACAAGAGCAAGACUUGUAUGAGCUAUGGAUAGCUUUGUUGUGCAUUUUGUUAGUAGUAGUAGUACUAUUUUGCAGUGUUUGCAAUUCAGUCUGAAUCUUGCCAGAUGGAGUGACUGGAGGGAAAAUCCUGCAGCGGGAGAGAAACAACCGUACUAGUUCACCCCCUUGACUUUGUUUUUGUUUUUGCACUGAUACUAGGACAAGCCACAACGACAGAACACAUGUACUGGUGUUUUUAUUUUUGUGCUCCUUGACAAAUGGCUUCUUGAACUCAUAUAAACCUUGAGAGCAAGAAGCUCCCUUAGUUACGUGGCCUUGUCAAAUCCCAUUAGGGAAAUCUGGUUUCAUUGCAUGGUCCUUCCCUAAUGAAUGGGUUUAUCUAAUUUUUGUUGUUGUUGUUUAAGAGGGUGGGGAGUGCAUUUCAUUUGCAUGGGCAGGGCACAUGAUUGGGAUUUCUAAGAUUUUAAAACACAAUAAAAUAGUAGAGGUGCAUGAGAUUAUCACUAGCUGCUGUUGGCCAAAGAACCAACCUUUCACAGCAGAGAAAGCUGCGUGCUUGUUCUCUCCUAAGCCAUAAAGUGUGGCUAAUUUUUGAGGAACUAGCUAGUUGCUUAUCUACUGUAUCUCGAGUGUUUUAUGGAGGCAACAGAGCCACCAAGGGAUGAAGCUUUACUGAUGAACAUGGUUAAUGGUCAUACAUUUCACUUCUUAUGAUCUCCACCUCAAAUGUUUCUAGCAACUAUUGUGUGAGGGUAUUUAUUUGUGUCUUGUAUUUCACAUGGAGGGGGAGUAAUUGUUGCAUAUUUUCAAUUUUGAGACCUCAUUUUAGAGAAGAUGGCUGUAUCACUGGGCAAAUCACAAAAACCUGUGUCUGUCUUUUUCUCUAUGUAUACAUGUUCUUUAAAGAGUGCACAUUAUUUUUUGAAGAUAAAAAUGUACAGUAACUGUUUCAGAACCGGAAGAAUCUGGUUUGAUGCUUAAGAUUUUGAAAACCAGCUUCCUCUGAGGAAGAGAUCCUUAUACUGUAUCUCCAUGUACAACCACUUACUUGUUUUUUUGUUUAUUUUUGUUUACUGAUAUUCUGGUGAUUGUGUUUUUCAGAUGUUCAGUGUUUGUCCUUGUUGCGAUCUGAAAAUGCCAUUAAAAUAUUCAGCAUAGUU